AUGUCAACGUUCAGUGAGCUGCCAUCAGAGCUACAAAUUGAAAUAUUUUCAAAUCUAUCGGUCAUACAUUUAGGAAAAAUUCUAUCCAUCAACAAAUCCACACAUGAUCAACUUUUGCAGUCGGAAGUCUUUUGGAAAUCAUUGAUCAAAAAUUAUUCGAAACUUUCAGGAGAUUCAAAUCAAUCCUGUGAUGAAUUAUUCGACAUUUCUGAGGUAAAGAAUCAACUAAUCGACAUGAUCCGAUAUAAAAAUAUGAAAACCCAAUUUCUACGCAAGAAAUGUAUAGAAUUCGAAUACACGUUAAGAGAAUUACUAGAAGUUCAAGCAGAAUUACAAAGUGUACUCCAGUUCAGACCUGAAAAGAACGAAUCUCAAAAAAUCAAUAGGGAAAUUGAGAGCAUCCAAGAAGAGGUUGCCAAUACCAGAAAGAAAAUGGAUGCAUUGGAAGAAAGUUUGGAGAAAAUGACAAUUGAUUAA